CGGGCGCUCCCACUUGUCAACAAUCCCAUCUACCGACUUCAUCUUGCACCACCAUCACCCCCAGGGACAAUUAAUCAGCACGCGACAACACAAGACCAAUUUGUAUGCGUUGCUCUGCUCCCGGCCAGAGCUGAGAAGGCGAGGGCUUCGACCGGGUUCCGUUCGUUUAAUACCCAGUUUUGGACGCUCGGUUCUUUUCUAUGGCAUCGCCCCACGAUACCAGUUUCUACUCAUACAGUUCAUGUACUAGCGCUUGAAUACUGGCCGUCGAGGGCAACCGUUCCAGGCAUCGUACGCCGACGAGCCCUCCGUAACCUUGGGUCCGUGACUUGGCAGAUGCGUCACCCCGAACCCCCAAUACACCCAGAAUGUCGCAACCUCGCAACAAUCCCUUCGCCCGCAGGGCUUCGCCGACGCCCUCGCCAGCUCCAAGCGGCGCUAGCAGGCCGAAAUCCGCCAUCUUCCCCUCCCCAUCGACCGUCCUCACUAGAGUAACAACACCGCCCACCCAUACCCGUACCCAGUCCUAUGCGCCGGGCGCCGCCGUCAAUCUCGUCCCCGUCGACUCCCACGGCCCGAGGCAGCACAGGGCCGACUCCAAGAGCAAUGGCCCGAACUCGACUACCUUCGCGCCGUCGUUUAUCAAGACUGAAGAGAUGCGGAGGAGUUUGGACCCUGUCAAGGGAAUCGAGGGGGAGAAUGACUUCUCCGGCAAAAGAUACGUCUGGCUUAGGGAUCCGCAGGCCGCCUUCGUCAAAGGCUGGAUUGUCGAUGACCUCGGCGAGGGUCGUAUAUUAGUACAGUGUGACGAUGGCAGCCAACGGGAAGUGGACGGCGAGAGUGUGGAUAAGGUCAACCCGGCCAAGUUCGAUAGGGCCAACGACAUGGCGGAGUUGACGCACCUAAACGAGGCGUCUGUCGUCCACAACCUCCAUAUGAGGUAUCAGACGGACCUGAUAUACACCUACUCGGGGCUCUUCUUGGUCACGGUGAACCCCUAUUGCCCCUUGCCGAUAUAUACCAACGAAUACGUCAACAUGUACAAGGGCCGAAAUCGAGAGGAUACGAAACCCCAUAUCUUUGCCAUGGCCGACGAGGCGUUUCGGAACCUCGUGGACGAAGGCGAGAACCAGAGCAUAUUGGUUACCGGCGAAUCUGGUGCGGGGAAGACCGAGAACACGAAGAAAGUAAUACAAUAUCUUGCGGCAGUGGCCCAUUCAGAGUCUCCGGCAAAAGGCCGAGUGCAGCACUCGACCCUCUCGCAGCAGAUCUUGCGAGCCAACCCUAUCCUCGAGGCCUUCGGAAACGCCCAGACGGUCCGGAACAAUAACUCGUCCAGGUUCGGAAAAUUCAUCCGCAUCGAGUUUACUCGCAACGGGGCAAUCGCUGGCGCUUUCAUCGACUGGUAUCUGCUGGAGAAAUCCCGAGUUGUCCGCAUCAACUCCCAGGAGCGCAAUUAUCACGUCUUCUACCAGCUGCUGAAAGGCGCCGAUCAGCAAAUGAGGCAGGAGUUCUUCAUCGAUGGUCUCGGGAUUGAAGAAUUCACCUACACCCGCGAGGGCCACGACACGAUAUCCGGGGUCUCCGAUCUUGACGAGUGGGACAUGCUGCUGGAGGCCUUUGACGUAAUGGGGUUCUCUGAAAAGGAUCAAAAGGCGAUUCUGCGGACCGUCGCGGCAGUCCUGCACCUGGGCAACAUCACCGUUGUGAAAGAGAGCCGGAUGACCGACCAGGCACGGCUCUCCCCGGAUGCUAAAGAGGUAGCUGAUAGGGUGUGCCGACUUCUCGGUAUUCCCUUGGAGCCCUUCCUGCAGGGGUUACUUCAUCCUAAAGUCAAGGCCGGCCGCGAGUGGGUGGAGAAGGUUCAGACCCCGGAACAGGUUCGACUUGGUAUCGAUGCCCUCGCGAAGGGUAUCUACGAGCGAGGCUUCGGCGACCUUGUCACGAGAAUCAAUCGUCAGCUCGACCGGACGGGCCUAGGCAUCGACGACUCGCAUUUCAUCGGGGUGCUCGAUAUUGCGGGAUUUGAGAUCUUCGAGGAGAACAGCUUCGAGCAGCUUUGCAUCAAUUACACAAACGAAAAGCUCCAACAAUUUUUCAACCACCACAUGUUCGUCCUUGAACAGGAGGAGUACGCCCGAGAACAGAUUGAGUGGAAGUUCAUCGACUUUGGCCGCGAUCUCCAGCCGACCAUCGAUCUCAUCGAGCUAUCGAAUCCCAUCGGCAUCUUCUCCUGCCUCGAUGAGGACAGUGUCAUGCCGAAAGCUACCGAUAAAUCAUUCACGGAGAAGCUGAACUCCUUAUGGGACAAGAAGUCCAACAAGUAUCGUCAAUCACGCCCCGGCGCACGCCACGGGUUUAUCCUAACCCACUACGCCGCCGAGGUUGAGUAUUCGACGGAAGGCUGGCUAGAGAAGAACAAGGAUCCCUUGAACGAUAAUGUUACCCGAUUGCUCGCCGCCUCCACGGACAAGCACAUCUCCAACCUAUUCUUGGACUGCGCUGACACCGACGACGACAACGUUACCUCUCGAAGUAGAGUCAAGAAGGGCCUAUUCAGGACAGUUGCUCAAAGACAUAAGGAGCAGCUGUCCAAUCUCAUGUCCCAACUCCAUUCUACCCAUCCUCAUUUUGUGCGCUGCAUCCUCCCAAACCACAAGAAGCGGCCCAAACAGUUCAACGCGCUGCUCGUUCUCGACCAGUUGAGGUGUAACGGUGUUCUCGAGGGUAUAAGGAUCGCUCGGACAGGUUUCCCCAACAGGCUAUCGUUCGCCGAGUUCCGGCAACGAUACGAGGUCCUCUGCAAGGAAAUACCGAAGGGAUACCUCGAGGGACAGACCGCCGCGGCGUUGAUGCUCGAUAAGCUAGGGAUAGACAAGUCCCUUUUCCGUGUUGGCCUCACCAAAGUGUUUUUCCGGGCCGGGGUGCUCGCCGAGCUGGAAGAGCGACGUGAUGCGUUGAUUACCGAGAUAAUGGCUCGGUUCCAGUCCGUCGCUCGUGGUUAUGUCACACGGCGAAUGGCCUUCAAACGGCUGUAUCGCACUGAAGCGACCCGGGUUAUACAGAGGAACUUUCAAGUCUACCUUCAGCUCUGCGAGAAUCCUUGGUGGCAGCUUCUUAUCAAGAUGAAGCCACUAUUGGGCGCGACUCGGACCGCUAUCGAAGUGAAGAGGCGAGAUGAAAAGAUCCAGCUGCUUAAUGAUAAGAUGAGAUCCUCGAGAGCGAACGAGCCUUGGCAUUGGACAAGGAGGAGAUUUUCAAGCGGCUCCAGCUUCGCGAAUCCGAACUCGAGGAGGAACUAAAGGGAGCCAUCGAAGACCAGGAAAAACUCGAGAUCCAACUCGAUGAUCUCCUCGAUGCCAAGAAAAGGGCCGAACAAGAGGUGGAUAAGUACCGAGCUCAGCUGGAUCAAGCUGCUGCUUUGAUUGC